AUGGAUAUAAAAGGCGAAGAGGAUGUGAUAUCACUGUUCCGAGGGUGGGUGUUGGAAGGAAGAUGGGAGUUCGUUGUUUCUAAAUACAGAAACGAGAGUGAGUUCCACAAAAUCAGAAUCAACGAAAGCAGAGGCACUGCACUGCAUUUUGCAGUGAAUGAUGGGAAACUGGAGCUUGUUAACAUUCUUGUUGGAGCAAUAUUGAAUCACGAAGGGAGGGAAGUGGUGAGGGAUGACAGUGCAUUGAGAUCAACGAAUGAGAGAGGUGACACUCCUUUGCACCUUGCAGCCUCAAGAGGGUUCAUUGGCAUGUGCAUGUGCAUCAUUGGUGAAAAUGGUGAAAGGAAGGAUUUGAUUAGGGUUAGGAACUACGAGGGUGAAACACCUCUUUUCAGGGCCGUGCACACAUAUCAAACAGAGGCCUUUGUGUACCUUCACAAUGUUUCCAAAGAUUUAGAUGAUGAACACAGGGACUAUGAUGGAGACACCAUCCUUCACCGAGCCAUCUGGGGAGAAUUCUUGGAUUUGGCGAUUAUGAUAACUCAUUGUUAUCCUCAACUUGUCAGCGCGCGAAACAAGGACGGAAAUACUCCUCUCAAAGUUCUUGCCAGUAGGCCUUCCUCCUUCAAGAGUGGAACUGAUUUCUCAUGGACUCAGAAUAUUCUAUAUCAUUAUUUAUGGGACAUCAUAGAGGAGGGAUUCACUAUUCCAGAAGACACCUCCACUCUUACUAUAGCUCAAAAGAAAGAGUUGAAGGAAAACAAACAGAAGGAUUCAAGGGCUUUAUUUGUUCUUCAAUAA